AACUCCCAAUUUACUUCCCCCUCGCUGUGGAUCUAUUAUUAGCUGAGAGGAGGCUUCCGCUAAAUCUCCAUUACUAGCUCACGCCCUGUGUUUUAUUAUCAAGAACCUUUAUCUCCUCCAUAUUUUUGGAUUUUAAGUGAUUCUUUUGUUUACUUUUGAUAUAUGAAUUCCAUAUCCGAGUUUGACUCUCGGGGAUUGCAUUUAAUUUAGGUUCUAGUCCACUCUCCACCGGACAAUGUGAGAGAUCAAUAGCUCGGUUCUGGAUCACUUGUUUACAUUGGCGACCACUGCAUGCAGUGAACUACCUGCAGUUUUAAUCUAAUUGUCCUGUGUCUGUUUUUAGAUUGUGCUUUUAAAGUAUUGAAGGUUUAGUAUAAGUUAUCCUGCCCAAAAGACAAAAUGGCAUCCGGGGAAGAGGACUACGAUAUUGAUGCUUUGACUGAGAAACUGAAGGCUUUUGCCAUGGCUCAGAUAAAGACCUCAGCCAAGAUGGACAGUAAAACAGUGGGAAAGGUGGCCAAGGAAUGCUGGCCCAAGCCCCUACAGACCCGGAUAGACUCCAGUGUGUUCCCCAAAGUUAUGGACAAAACUACCAAAUCCAUAAGUCUUGACAAUAAGGAUCAAAUCAGGAAGUUUAUAUCGGAAGCCGCCAUUCAGUACGAUGACGUCACCAAGAAAACCAAAGAAUUCAAGAAACAUGAGAAGUUUCUGGCAGAGAAGAUAAUAGGUUCUGGUACAGGAAUAAAGCAAACGGAAAUUUCUAAGACCGGGGGAGUUGACCGUAUGACGGAUACCUCCAAAUACACUGGGUCCCACAAGGAAAGGUUUGACGAAUCAGGAAAGGGCAAGGGCAAAGACGGCCGUGUAGAUAAGGUGGACGACUCGGGAUAUGUGGGCAAUUACAAAGACCAAGGCACUUACGACAAAAAACACUGAUCUCGGGUGUCGCCCUGCGUGUCUUAUUUUCUCUCUUUUAUAUCUAAUGUUUGAUGUAUAUUUCUUAUAAUUUUUCAUACACUGUAUGUAGAUUUUUCUUAUCAUGUAGAUGUUAAGCAAUGUUGUACUAACUUUAGAUUUUGAAUUUUUUUUAUAUCUAUACAAUCUAUAUUAGUUAAAGGUAAUAGGAGUACAAUUAAGUGAAUGAAUUUAUACUCGUAUAAAUUGUUUUUGUGCAAUAAGAUUCUCUUGAGCUGAAGAAAUCGAAUGGCAAUAAUCAAAAUCAAAACGUGCUAGAGCAGGUCGUAAGACUCGUUUGAAAAAAAAUAAAACAUGGAAAUAAAAUGGCACAUUUAUA